UUUUUUGUAUUUAUAAAUCACCGUUUCGUGUAUGAUUUUUGUAACAGGUUAGUUUGUUUCAUGACACACACUGGUGUGUUACAGCUACAGAAGCAGCAGAAAAACGUGACAGUUGAGUUCAGUCCAUGACAUUUUCUCUGAGACGAAUGCGUGUCAGCUGCUAACGUUAGUUGUGUAAAAUCUAGACGUAAAGAGGAGGAUUUCCGACCAGCUGGAAAUCCGCUACAACGACGUUUCAACUUUUACGUUCAUUCUGGGUCCGAGCCUUUUAGCUCGGCCUUAACGCAACACGUCGUAGCCUGCUGUAGAGGACGCAGUAAAAUGUCAACGCUAACCUUACAACAGAAAUCAAGAAACGUAUCUGUACAAACCAACUACGCUAUCAAGUGAUGACACCGAAGCAAAAUUCUAAACAAGGACACUGGGUGGUUGAGAGAGAAAUUCUUGAUCAAUAUGUGACAGGUUUAAACAGCGUUCUUAUAUAAGGAGGAUGCCAAGACAUUGCUCAGCAGGUGGCUGCAAAUCUCGGGACAACCGUGAGACUCGUAAUGCUGGUAUCACCUUUCACAAAUUACCAAAAGGAGCAAGUCGGAGGAACCUUUGGAUCAUCAACUCCCACCGUGCAGACUCCUGGGAUCCUCAGACUGACUUUGUUUACUUUUGUUCCAAACACUUCACCCCAGAGAGCUUUGAGCUGACCGGAUGCAGUGGGAUCAGAAGGCUGAAAGAAGAUGCAUUUCCUACAGUAUUUGAUUCUUCAACAACCAAAUGCAAAAGAGCAGGAACACCACAGAAACAAGAAGAAGUCACUGCCAGGAAGAGUCCCUGCUCAGGUGACCAGGAGCACACUCAGGAAGGAACAAACCAAGGUCAGACUUCAUUAGAACCCACAGUUCAGAGGUCAGUGGCAGCAUCUGAGGAGACUCAUGAAAACAUGCCUCCAUCUUCUCAAGAGCCAUCAGGGGUGGAGCAGCUCUCACAGGAAGAACAUGCUUCUUCACCACCAUCAGAGUCUCAUCCUCCCUCCCCAUCACGUUACAUGAGGCGCCUGCCCCCUCCUCCAGGCCUCUACCUGUCAAAGGAGCAUAGCUACGCGCAGCUCUGCCCACUACUGUGGAGGAGACGUUAUGACCAGGCUAUUGACUGCCUGGAGAAGGCGUUACGACAGCUGCACGCAGCCAGGCGGAGGGAGAACCGCCUGCGCAGCACUGUACUGAGACUCCGUGAUAAACGGCUGAAGCACACUCUGCUUGUGUCACAAGAUGGUUGUAAAAAUAGGGGGAGCUGGACACCAGGAGGGAGAAGAGACGAGAUAAAGGAGGUUCUAACCAGGAGGAGAGUGAGACUGAUGCUAAAUCUGAGGAUACGGGGUUGUUUGAGGACAGAUGUGUGGAUCACAUGGAUCUGGGGGUCUUCUUCUUCCAGACACCACUAGCUGGUCUGAGGAGAAGGGAUACUGCUUUUACUGUGGAAGGGGACAGCUUCAGGUGGGUGGUCAGGUAGCAUACAGACUUUCAAAGGGUGAGAAAGAUUUCCAGCCCACAGAGCACAAGGACCCAGAAAAGAUUCAGAAAAGCGUCGAAACCAGUACUUGUGGCACAGCUGAAAAUAUCAAAGACAUACAGAUUGUCAGGCUGGAAAUACCAUUUCGGAAAAAAGUAGAAACCAAUAACCUAGAUAUUGCACAUUCCCAAAUCCAACAUGUAAUCUCUGGUGGAGUAUCUCUGCCUGAUACUCAUGAGCAGAGUUUAGAGUUUUUAACCUCUCAGCAGAAGCUGCUUUCCUCCGACAGAUGUGAAAGGGAGUCUGAUGCUGUGGAUCAGGAGAAUUACGUGAAUCUGCAGCCGCAGCUGUUUUGGAUACAGGACAGUG